CGCACGGAACAGAAGGACAGCGGGACAGAAGGACAGCGGGACAGAAGGACAGAGGGACAGAGGGACAGAGGGACGAACUCACAAAUGGCAUCUUAAGUUCAAGGAAUCCUUGAGGACCAUAAACAGCUGAGAUGUUUCCGGAGCUCUUUCAGAAAGCCAGUGCUGAACAGGAGGAUGUAACUCGAGAUUGCGCUCUAAUGGAGUGGUGCUGUCGGAGCGCGAGGCACUGAUCCACACCGAGCGGCGCGCGCAGAAGGGGAAGCCUUUAUACUCCAGAUAUACACUAAAACAGGGAACAGCGCACGGAUCGGAACUCUCCUGCGUUUGGCUUAGUGAGGGUUUAUUGCAGUUAUGCGCACGCGGAGGGGAGUUUUGCCCUCUGUGGCUCUUUUUACCCUCUUUCUGGUGUCAGUGGAUGGUUUCCCCAGCAGAAAGCAGAAGAUCAAUGACCCUAAACCCAGAGGGAUAGAGAACACAGCUAUUACGCAGGCGGGAGAUCAGGACCGCUCUGUAGACUCUAGAGCGACCCUGGAGGACCUUCAGGAGCAGAACCAGCUGAGCAGGAGCAGGUCACCCCCACGCCGACACAAAAGGAGAUGGCAGCAGUAUCGAUCUGAGGGAGUUCUGCCCAAACCUGCACCCGAGGAACAGGAGCCCUUCAUCUUAGACCUGAAGAACUUCCCUGACCUUGCUAAUGCUGAUCUGGGCUCGCAGAACCCUAAUAUCCAGGUCACCAUCGAGGUUGUAGACGACCCUCAAAUGGAGGUCGAGAUGGACCUGGCGAAAGAGGGCAGGAACGACUGGCCUCUGAACUCCGAGGAAUGGCUUGGUCAUCAGAAACUCUUCUGGCCUCUCUUCUGGGAAUACCACGACUCCAGCGAGGAGAACGCUGGCCAGGCCAGUCUAGAGGAGAACGGCGACGACCUGAGCUACGGAGGAGAAGAUUCCGUGCUGAGCGGAGUGGGAAGGGACUGGGACACCCCGUGGACCGGGUGGGACAGUUAUGAGGAUGAAGAAGAGGAGUGGAGCGACUGGUCACCCUGCAGCGCCACCUGUGGCCACGGCACCCAGAAGAGGGUCCGAUCGUGUGGGUAUGCCUGCACUGCUACCGAGUCUCGCACGUGCGAACUGCAACGGUGUCCAGAUGACCUGAACGCCGUGACAGAACUCGUUCCUCAUGAGAUGAUGAACGGCACCGAUGCCUUUGAUACAGAUGUGGACAGCUGUGAGAAGUGGCUCAACUGCAAGAACGACUUCCUGCAGAAGUAUCUCCAUCAGGUCCUGACAGAAUUACCCAGCUGUCCCUGCGUCUACCCGUCCGAAGUCGUCUACAGCUCCGUCAACAUCUUCGACGAGAAGUUGCGCAAGACCUACAGGUGGCGCGACGCCAGCGGACCCAAAGAGCGUCUGGAUAUCUACAAGCCGUCAGCGCGGUUCUGUGUGCGCUCCAUGUUGUCGUUCGACAGCACCACGCUCGCCGCCCAGCACUGCUGUUACGACGAUAACACGAAGCUGAUCACAAGGGGCAAAGGUGCCGGUGCGCCAAACCUUAUCAGCACCGAAUUCUCUCCGGAGCUCCAUUACAAGGUGGACGUGCUUCCGUGGAUCCUGUGCAAAGGAGACUGGAGCCGCUUCCACUCUGUACGUCCGCCCAACAAUGGACUGCAGUGUAUGGAGAACCCUCAGGAAGACGUCUAUAUGAACGAACUGGAAGAGGCUCGAGAGUACUGAGAGGCGAAGCUGUCUCGUCUCUGGACUGUACAGUAUUUCGCUGCAGGUUACGACUGGAGUUACGUAACAGUUAAAAAAACGGCACUGUACACUGUUUAUAUACAUACACCUCAACUGAUGAAACAGCCAGGACGAAGUACAGUAACGCAGGAUCUUGUAUCUUCCGCACUUUUCCCCCAGAGAGCCAGUUGAAGGAAUCAGGGACUCUUUCCAUCACCAUCCUACGGAACAGGUUCACCAUAUUUAUCGGGUUCACAUCCCCGACCCUUCUUUAUUUUGUCAUGAAAGGAAUCCAGUCAGGCUGCUAAACUUGAGUCCAAGCAGAAUGCCCCAUUGUUAUCUUAGCCUUGGCUAAACUCAGAGUUGGCGCAAGAUCAAUUCCAAUAAAUCAGACACAAAACUGUGUGCCAUGUGCAGGUGGCUUCGAAAGAUAUAACUGCUCUUCCCACUUGUUUCCCCAGAUACACUUAGUUUCAGCAUCAUAUAAAGUUGUCAGAGUUUUAGAGAUGAUGGCUCUCGAUCACAGCAAUUACAUGGCCCUGAAAUGCUAGUUAACAGCCGUUUUAACAGAAGAGGUCUUGUUUUGCUUCACAAGAAGUCUACUUCACAAGAACUAGGCAUGUGCAAGUAUUACACGCUCAUAUCAUUAUCUCAUGCUACCGCAGUGGUCUUGGAGGACCCCCUGUCCUUCACAUUUUAAUUUUUCCUCCUUCCUGUUAACUAGCUGAGAGAUGGGAAAAAAACAUGAAAUGUGCAGGACAUGGGGUUCUCCAGGACCACGAUUGAGGGAAGAAAAACCUUUAACCUUUUAACUGGUUUAACCUUUUAUUAAGGUUUAUGAUCUUAUCAUACAUGAGUUCCUCAAGGCUCUUCAACUUCCCAGGGUAAAAUUAUUGCGUUCUCCCAGACAAACAUGCAUGAAGUUUCUUUAAAUGUGUUUGCAAUUAGGGAUAUUUAGAUCUUUUGAAAGAGGUUGUAUUCAAAAGACAAGUCAGCUGCCUAGAUGCAUUGCUUCCCAUGGAGUCUUCGAAGACUUCAGGUGCCAAUAGUUGCUUGGGACAAGUCAAAAUGGUGCAAACAGCUGGAUGAAAAGCAAAUAAUUGAGCAAAUGUGCAUAUAAGAUUACACAGAACCUUUAUUAAGAAGGUUCCCAUGGUAAUCUUAUCAGUAAAAUUGAAUGCGCACUCCUCUUUUAGCACACCCUCUUCUUCAAAAGGCUUCUUAAAGGGUCUUUGACAGGACAAGUCUUCUAAAAGGGUGUCAGCACUGUCUGUCGUGGAAUUUAACUUCCAGGUCCUUAAGGGUUAAACCUAAGCAUCCUUAAAGUCCAGGCAAAAGUCUAUACUUCUUUUAGUUUGAGAGCGUUCCUCUUUCUUUAGGCAGAACCUUUUUUCUAUAAAUUACUAGGAAGCAUUUUUGACAUCUAAGGAUUCUUACUUUUUCAGCUUGUACCUCCAAGAAUAUUUUUUAUAGAUUUCAUAGACAUAUUUCGCCUUGUCCUUGUUGAAGAGCCUGUAACACAGGGUUCCAAUGGGGGACUCUGAGAUGGUUCUGAAUACAUUAGAACCCAUAAAAAAUAGCGUAUGUUCCAUCUAAUGAUCCUUUAGGUUGCCCUUUGGGAAGAACGUUCUGAGACUCUUCACCAGACAAAAAAGAAGGAUCUAGAUAGAAUCCCUGUCUAUCCCAAGCAGGCAGCAAUUUACAUUCUUAUCCUACUGUUUAUCUCUGGAGCUCAAAUUCUCACCAAAAAAUUUCACCUACCUCAAAAACUAGUAAAUCAUACAGUACAACCAGGUACAGCGUCUUACCUGAGUAUUCAGCACAUGUGAACUUUUUGUCAUGUUAGAACCUGAAACUGGAAUAGACUUUUAUUGGGAUUCUAUGGCAUGAAUGAAUUUACACAAAAUUGUCCAUCAUCUCCUCAGUGAAGCGUGGUGGUGGAGGCAUCAUGUUAAGAGCUAUGCUGUUUUAAUAUUUUUUAAACGUGAUUUUUUUCUUCCCCUCACUUCAAUUUUAUGGGCUGUUGUGUACAAGUUCAUAAUGCAAAAGUUCAAGCAGGGUGAAUAUAUUUACACUGUAUUUGGCGCUCCACCGAGCAGGCGCUACUAAUUUUGUUAUUUCACACCUGAGACAAUGCCGUCAUUGUAGUGCAGACUCUAUCUUUCUUUUAAAGGCAGUCGGGACGUUUGGGGAACAAACAGAGCAUCUCUAUAAAGAACAAUGAAGGUGUGCUUGGCAAAUCCCAAAAGUAUCAAAGCCCACUUGUAUGUACAGGGAUGUUGUUUUAAGAGCUAAAGCCUCACCUUUCAGCCUGGAUGUUUAUCUUGAUCGGUGUCUUUGUGAGAUGUUGAAAAAGAGCACCACGGGAUUGGCGAACGAGAAGGUGCGUUGACAGGCCAAUCUCGCACCGCUGUAAAAACAUCCAUGUUUGGGUGACGUCUCAACGAAUGAAUUGAGAUGUGACCCUUCCUGAAAAGCUGGCGUGCACGUUGCCUAUCACGGGUUGCUUUCCUCCAUUAUGUUCUCACUUUCUUAUAUACUGACAGUCAAAAGAUUUGGAACGUGUGGAGUUUAUUUUUCCCCAUGGAUUUUCCCCAUUAUCGGCAAUUAAAUCUGGACGGCUUCUUCAUUCUGAAUGGGAAUGCUUUACGAAAUUAGUUUUACAGUUUAUUUAUUACAUACUUUUAGUACCAACUAUGCGACAAAUUUAGAAUCUAGAAAUAAAGUCACAAACAUUUCACAUUUCGCCUGUUAAUUACUUAAAAUUUUUAAUUACGUAUUUAUCUCGAAUGGUAAUGUCCAAAAACCUUUGACUGCCAGUACGUAUGUACAAUAUUGUUUUUUCACCUGCACACAAUACAUGUUGGUCUCUAAUAGCUAUCUUUCAGCAGAUGUCAUGUGACGUAAUAUUUUUUGGAAUGUUUAUAGAAAAUAGUUUACAUGGGAUUUUUAUUAUUAUUAUUAUUUUAAAAACUCAUGCUGUGUGUGAGCUAAAUAAUCAGUGCACAAAGGCUUAUUAAGUUUAUUAAUAACUUUUCUGGAUGUCAGCGAUGUCAGGACUUGCCCCAGUAAGCGUCUUUAACGUUUUUCAACACGAGCACCCGUAAGUGACCUGGAUCUCUUGUUGAGUUAGCCUCGCAUUCCAGCGUACAGGAUCUCAUACGGUGCAGCUGUGGAGGAGCUUUAAUCUCGGCGCAGGAGCAUCCUGCGCACUCUGCUAUGUCAUGGCAUGUCCGCAUCACGUUUCAGCGCCCUGGAAUCCACCAGCCGAGCGGUAUGCACGCAGGGCAGGAGGUGUGCGUGCGGCCACUGAGGAACCGCCAGAGCCUGGGACACGGGGUGGGGGCGCUUGGCCUUGGUUUCUGGAUCUCUUUGAAGCUGUGCCAGGCUUUUACGCUCCCUGUUUCAAUUUAGCACCAGCCCUAGACAGCAGUCUAAAGCUCACCAAAAUGGACCGAUAUUACAGGUAAUCGAGAGAGGUGGGGGAAAGGAAUUCAGCGAUCUACCGCUGACAAAUAAAAGAGACAAACUCUGAAUUCGGUAGAAGUUUACGAAUUUUUUAAUGGUCUUUCAGGAAACUUUGACUGAUUGAAGAUUUUUAAGAAACAUCUGAAAGAAAGGCACUUUAUUUAAAAGAAAAGUGGAUAUAUAUCUUUGUAUAUAUUAUCAUUAUAUUAUAUAAUACCUGCAAUGUACAAUUUAGAUUAUUAAUAUUAUUUUUUUUUUUGUUUUGUAAAAGGGAUAAAUUACACCUCCUAUGCUGCAUUCUUAAAGGACUUUGUAUGUGGUGUUACGUCAUGUCAUGUCAGGUCAUGUCAUGUCAGGUCAUGUCUAUUGUUAUUAGAUUUAUUAUUGUACAGUAUUUAUUAUUGUCCAGGAUCCAUAAGAUGCACUAUAUAUGAAGCUGAGUGAAAUCCCCGUAUUCUGGGUUGGAUGUUUUGUGAAAAAAAGGGAAUGUGUUCAUGCCACACCAUGCCACGCCACACACCACACUACAUCAGUUAUAUGCAUUUUUGUUUUUUACCACCUCUGUCCAAAAUAUAAUAAAUUUAACAUUGAAAGUUAAUAUGAACAUUUGGAGUAAUCUGUUUUACUUGGUUUUAUCUGUUUUGUUUGGGCUCUUAGAUCUGAGUUACAGUAUCAUCUUAUGUUUCAGUGCUGUUAGAUUCUGCAUUCUCAUUAGUCAGAGGGUAAUUAACAUUCCACAGUAUGUGUUCCUACACUCUGGAGUUUCUGGAGAUAACUUCUUCUACUUCUCCUCUCGGCUGCUCCCAUUAGGUGUCGCCACAGCAGACUUUUUGUUUCCAUCUUUCUACCACAUCUUCCCUUGUCACUCCAACCACCUGCAUGUCCUCACCACAUCCAUAAACUUCCUCUUGAGCCUUUCUCCUUUCCUCCUGCCUGGCAGCUCCAUCUCUAACAUUCUCCUCCAGAUAUACCCCCCUACUUAAUUCCUUAAUUCAAUCUAUUCAUUAACUUGUCCAUGCCUCCAUUCGUCCAUCCAUCCUUCUAUUCCACUUUCAGUUCAAAUAUGGUGCUGAUGGAGAGGUCAGUAGUUAUCUCUUUCACUACCCAAGUAUUUAUCCAUCAAUCCAUCCAUCCGUCCAUCCAUCCACCUCACUGUAGUAAUGUAAUAAAUAAAUGAUAUGACAUGCUAUGUUAUUUGUCUUAUUAGCUUCAAGAGAGAAAUAAAAGUGGCUGGUGAUGGAAUGACUAUUUACAGGUGGUAUAGAGGGCUUUUACUACCCAAGUGUUUAUCCAUUUAUGCAUCUAUCCAUCUAUCCAUUCAUGGUAAUAUAAUGAAUUGGAUGACAUGAAAAGAUGCAUUAUUUGUUUGCUUUUUAGAGAAAAAAAGAGAGAUCCAGUCCAAUCGUCCAGUGCAUCUAUUUUGUCCUUUCAUUUAUUCAGUUUAUCAUUUAUCAUCUAUCUAUCAUUCAUCAAGCCAUCCAUUUUCAGUCAAACAUACUUUAAUUCCCCAUUCAAUUCAUCACUCUAUUCAGUACAAACAUUUAUCUAUCACCCAAGUAUAAAACCCAAGUAUUUAUCUAGCCAUCCACUCAUCUCAAAUUCAAAUUUUAUGCUUAUACAACCGCCCGUGACCUUAAAAAUAAAAGCUUAUUAAUAGGAAAUAAAUAUGAAUAAAAAAGAAAUACAAUAAAAAAUGAAUUUAGCCAGGAUAAAUAAAA